AGAUUUCUUGUUAUUGUUCUUCUAUCCAGACGCCGAUACGGGUCCUCUCUUGCUUAGUCUCUUCUUCUUCCUAUACUAGUCCCACGAACGAAAUGAGUGGUCCCCGACGUCGCAAAGCGUGUGGGUCUCCUGGUAGGACGACUACCAGGAGAAAUGUUUCUCUCUUUCUGGUGGGCAUUUUCCAACCGCCAGUGGUGGCCAUCCGGAUGAGCAAAACCGACUUUCAUAAUUCUGGUGCGCUCCUUCCGGAUUCAGAGGAGUCGUUGUCUGGUCACAACUCUGGCGUUUUAUUCCAUAAGGCGAAGCAAGUCGAAGACCCCAGUGCAGCAGCAGCAGCAGAGACGACUAAGGAAUUGGAAGUGAAAAUAAAGAAAAUACAAAUUUCCAACAGACUAGAAAAGUUCUCCAGCACUUGAUGAGAAACAAGGGAAAGAACAAGGAUGGUGAUUUUAUUGUGCCCGCCCUAUUUCUCCAUCUACUAGACUUCUAAACAUAGCUUCUUCGAAAGAAAAUAUACUCCGUCUAAAUCAAAACUACAACUUUGUUCCUUGUUCCAAGCUUGUUUGUGUUCAUGCCUCUAACAUUUACCCAUAUCAACUGCCAUUACUCCUGGACAAGCUGCGGAAGAAAAUGCUAGCAGGAACGACAGCAUUGAAGCGUCUACAAGUAACGAUAGAGAAAGUCUACAACGGCACUGAAGCACAGCCACUGGAUGCUUUGGACAAAGGAAUAUUGAAAGGGGCCGUGGAGUACUUAGAAUUUUUACAAGGGGGUAGGGAGUAACAUCCGGCCAUUAGUACCUUACGACAAAUGUACAAAUCGGCUCCACAUGGCAGACUCGUCUGCCUGGUGAGCCGUUUUUUGUGGCUCUUGUCGACUACGCCCAGCGAUGGGUGGAUGGAGUCGCGCCCAUGAAAUGAAAAAAAAUAGUUGAUCGUGCCUCGUCUUUUCACACGUGAGAAGCAUCAGGAUAUGGAAUACGAACAUCCUUUCUGCUACUUUGUUGAGAGCAAGUAAAGGCUAUUGGGCAGAAGUCUUCACUUUCUCCACACAACAGUGAAAACCGUAACGAAACGGCGCGACUGAAGGAGCUUUAUCGACAGAGCUUGAGCUUUCUGAACUCUGCGCAAGCGAUCCUAGGGUUUACGUCUUCUCCUGGGACAACCUGUGCAACACUGGCAUGCGGUGAGAAUGCGAGGUGCAAUGCCACAGCUGUGUUAUGACACGAGUAUUUAAAGUAGUUUUCAGUUCCAACAUUAUUACUCGCCAGUUGUUUCAAAGUGUUAGGAUCAGUUCCAUGAAUUUGACUGUCGUUAGUUCUUCAUACCCUUUCCUAUCUGUUCUGAAAUUUCGGUAAAAAAACUCCUCCUUACAACCUCCUUAAUAUCCUACAAAUCUCGAUGAAGAUCAAACUCCUCCCCCUACCGCCCUAUCCAUUUUUGUGAAACUAGUUUCCCUACCUACAUUAAAUAUGUCCCUACUACAACUAGUUUGAUUAAAUAUGUCCCUACUACAACUAGUUUGAUUUAAUAUGAUAAGUCCCUAUGUCCCUACCUCCCUAUCCAAAUCCAUUGCCUGUCAUCCAUUCCUUACCCGACUUGCCAGUGCAAUGUAGGCUAUGUGGGCGAUGGGUUUGUCUGCGAGUUCCAGACGCUUAGCGGGAGCAACAUGUUCUUCGGAUCGGGGCCACCUGCAGCUGGGUUCCUUAUGGCAGUUCUUGUGUAUGCUGUUGAUGAUUCUUCAAAGAUGCAGCUGGUAUGAGUUUCUGAAAAAGAUUUGAGGAUAUGUUUGAGGAUGAUGAGUUUCUGAAAUUAUAGUAGAAUGCAGCUGCAAUUGCUUCAUGCUCACACAUUUAAAGCAAAGAUGACACUUGGUCUCACUUAAAGCAAAGACACAUAAAGCAAAAUCACUAGAUAGUUGCGUCUGACUUAGAUUGUCCGCUGAUGAUGAAUGACAGUGGCUACACGAAUUAGCAACUGCGUAACGGUUGAAAGAUAUGAUGAAUGACAGUGGGGGCAACACUCCUGAGUGAUGAUGAAUGACAGUGGGGCUACACUCCUGAGUGUCACCUGCAAUUGAUUCAUGCUCAAGCAUAAAGCAAAGACACUUGCUCAAGCAGAAAACAGCAUGACUCGAUGUCAACACUUCUAACAUACCGACAUCCGCUUCACUGGGGCCGGAUCCUCUUGUUGACGAGUUAACGGCCGUCGCUAGUCCGAGUGGUGGCAUCAUCGUGGCUGCUUAUCUUAUGAAGGGAAACUUAUCUGUAGCUGUUCGAACAUAGUGUUUCAUUAUAUUUCUGCAGUCGGAAAUUUGAUUUGGAGGUGAUUUGGAGCUCCUUUGGAAUCGUUCCUAGUUGCAGUUUGUGUUUUUGGCAUCAUUAUAGACGAACUCGCUUAUCUCAUGAAACUGUGAGCGUCAAAUGUGCAACAUGACCAACAGAAGUUUAGACUACUUUUUGUGUUCAUAUGAAGCGACAGUAAAACGAAACUGGGAUAUCUACGCCUUGGUCGACACACGUUGGGCAAUAUAUGGUGGCCGGAAGGAUCCCGAGGAUUGCUGAUCCAUGACAAACCUCUGAAAUUUUUAACGCUGGCUUACGAAGCAGACACAAAUUCGAUCGCAGUUGCAUUCGUAGAGCAGGCGACGAAAAGCGGGUAAUUAGUUUCGAGGAUAAUAAUGUAGAUAUAGGAGAGCGUAUUUCACGGUCCUGCAGCAAAAUAGGAAGGUGGUUUCUACUCAGCAGGGGAGAGACUUCCUGAGGCAGUUAAGGGUGAUUCUUUUGGGGCAGUUAAGUGCGGCGCCUUUGAGGCACUUAAGGGGGACACUUUUGAGGCAGUUAAGGGUGAUUCUUUUGAGGCAGUUAAGGGCGGCGCUUUUGUGGCACCUAAGGGACAUGCGCGUGCCCGCUAGCGGUUUCGCCUCGUCCCCAAGUGGUUUCGCUCGGUCCCUUAACGGUUUGGCGCUGUUCCUUCACGGUCUCGCCUUGCCCCUUAACGGUUUCGCCCUGUCCCUUGACGGUUUCGGCCUGUCCCCCAACGGUUUCGCCUUGUCCCUUAGCGGUUUCGGCUUGCCACCUAACGGCUUCGCCUUGUCCCUUAGCGGUUUCGGCUUGUCGUUUAACGGUUUCGUCUUGUCCCUUAACGGUUUCGCCCGGUCCCUUAACGGUUUCGCCCUGUCCCCCAGCGGUUUCGCAUUGUUCCUUAACGGUUUCGCCCUGUCCCUUAACGGUUUCGCCUUGUCCCUUAACGGUUUCGCCCGGUCCCCUAACGGUUUCGCCCUGUCCCUCAGCGGUUUCGCAUUGUCCCUUAACGGUUUCGCCCUGUCCCUUAACGGUUUCGCCUUGUCCCUGAAGGGGUUCGCCUUGUCCCUUAGCGGUUUCGCCUUGUCCCUUAACGGUUUCGCCCGGUCCCUUGACGGUUUCGCCCGGUCCCUUAACGGUUUCGCCUUGUCCCUUAACGGUUUCGCCCGGUCCCUUAACGGUUUCGCCCGGUCCCUUAACGGUUUCGCCCUGUCUCCCAACGGCCCGCCCUGUCCCCUACUUGUUCCGCCCCUUCCCGUAACGGUUUCGCCCUGUCCCUUAACAGUUUCACACGGGGUCUGAGCGGGUAAGCCGUUGGGCCUCCGUGGUGUCGCUUAAGCGGUGCCCCCAGGCGUUGCGUAAGUGGUGGCCGCGGGCCUCGCUUAAGUGGGCACUCGGUCGGGGCCUCGCGCAAAUGGGGACGCCGCGUCUCGCAUAAGUGGUGACUCAGGAUCUCGCUUGAGUGGUGAAUGGGGAUCUCGCUUAUGAAGUUCUUGUAAAAUCCGAAGUUAACAUUUUAACCUUAUCAACUAUAAUGCGACCGAUGGUAAGCAUAAAAAGACGUUUCAUCAGGUAAGAAAACACACGCACCACGCACAUCUACAACAGAUUCGUCGCUGUCUCGAAAGCUACCCCGGACGACACGAAUCCUGACAAGCUGACUCCUAUCGUGAAGAGUGCAGAGCCUUUUUGUCGCACGCAGAAAGCCCGUCCCAAGCUGCUCUUUAUCAAAGGAGGGAAUCUCUUAGUUUUCUACUCAGCUGAGGAGACGGCACAGGUCGCAGUAUCCUCCGACGCCCUCUCUGCGGCGCCUGGAGGUUCUGUAACUUUCGACGGAACUUUCGAUUUCUACAACGCUGGAGGUGCUCGCUCAAUCCACGCCGUCUCAGUGUCGAACGAUAAGUUUGUUUACGACAGUGUCAUGAAUGUUGAAAAAUCCACUUGUAGAUCAUCUCCACUGUUUCUAUUUUCUAAGAAUCAUCCUCGUAAUUGAGAUAUGAAAAAUUCAAGAUGCUUCUUUUUUAGUAGUAAUAAAACCAACAAGAAAAACGACGAACCACUCCCCUUCUAAUCUCCAGUAGCCUUCCGUGGUGCCGCAGCUCCUGACUCAGCAAAUCUACGUGUCGGCAAAAUUGACGCUGACGGCAACAUCUUUUUCUUUGCACCAUUGAAAUUGGGUGUACCAGGAGCCGAUCUCGUGGCACACAAUUUGGCUCUAGUUGCAGACAAACAAAUCGCUUUGAGCUAUUUUUCUGUUGGUACGUCUAAGAACCUAGUGUUGAAAUGUUGAUAGGUACCCUUGGAUUAGGUAUGCGUAACAGUACAUCAAGAGCUGUUGUUGUUGUAGUCCCACACGUUUUUUUGACUUCAACUUUGGAAUCUAUCUUGAUGACGUGUCAAGCUGUUGCGCAACAAAAAAAGUUGUCUCCUAUUCCAAUACCCCUUCCAGACGACAACAAAAACCGUUUAGCGGUUUUGAAUGUGAACGCAACUGGGAAUACGCUGACACCUGCGGGAAGCGAUUAUCCAUUAUUGCUGGCGAAUCCUAAAGGAGACAAUUUUCGCGGUCCAGCCUUGGUUGGAAAUGAGCUUUCUAUGCCAUUUGUAUCGCCAGGAGGAUUACCGAGAACCUUCACCUACUACACACCACUAGAAGGCAUGCCGGGAAUUAAAGGUUCUCUCUAGUUUUUGGAGUUUUGCUGAGUAUUAGUAUAGAAAAUGAUGAGUAUUAGUAUACUAUAAAUAUCUUCAACAUUCACAGAACAGAGUACCACAUACUUACUCCCAUCUUCAAAGUAUCCCCCCUUCAGGAAGCAUGGCCGAGAUUUGCACCGUGCCCGAGGGUGGAUUACCUUUGGACGGCUGUCGCAAGAUCAGGUUUGCGAGUAGUACUCCACUCAAAAAAGCAGUAGGUCUAGGCGUAGGAUCUGGAACGGCGCUCUUCCUCUUCACUAGUCAAUCAGGAAUUCCGUUUCAAGAACUAGUCACGGUGGAUAAGGAAGAGGAGGCGGCUGCUUACUUGUAGUAGUACUGAUGUAUCAAGGAAGGUGAAUAGAGGAUGGAGGAUCAUGGAGCUGGAAGCUGCUUACCUGUAGUAGUACUGAUUCACGAGCAGCAGGGUUGAAUGGGAUCAUGGAGGAGGCUACUUGCUUGUAGUAGUAGUAGGAUGCACAGAGAAGUAGAAAAUCUCGUAGAACAGGAAGGUGAACAGGAGAUGGAUGUACGACUAUGAAGCGAAGAUGAAUAGUUCUCCAAGUUGUGCUUCUGAAGAGAGUGCUGUGAUACGUAGCAGUAGAACUUCUGCGGAGAUGUGAUGGCGAAGACAUAACACCUGCUUGCACAACCCUCCUAAGGAGUAUGAUGAUACACUGCAUAUGUGAGGCUGUUGCUGUAUCAGUUUUUUUGUUGCAAAAAUGAAAGAAACCACGACCACCAGAUUGAAAAACAAGUGCAUCAGUAUAAGUCAUUUUUUGCCAUUCGGGCCAUCAGGCCACUUUUGGGGAUAUAUGUACAGAUGAUUUUUUUUUCGACUGUCAUAUCACAGAAAACACAAGUACGAAACGAU